AUGCUGAAUCCGAAGCAAACGGAAUCAUAUUUUACUCCAUUUUUUCAUAUUUACUUUCGUUUUCUUUGGGUAUUCUUUUCAUUGCUUACACGCACAAUCGACGUCACCGAAAAGUUUCUCGCUGGACCAAUCAAAUGCAGACAGCAUAUUCACUCAUCACCACAGAGUAAAAACACAGAAAUCAGACUACUAGCAAACAUGAAGAUAAUCACUAUUCUUCUACUCAUCGCCACUAUUGCUUUUACAUUUUCAUUCGCCGCCGAAGAAGACAAGAAAGACGUUGGUACUGUCAUUGGUAUCGAUCUCGGCACAACCUACUCAUGCGUUGGUAUUUUCAAAAACGGACGAGUAGAAAUUAUUGCCAAUGAUCAAGGUAACCGUAUCACACCAUCCUAUGUUGCAUUCACUCCCGAAGGUGAACGUCUCAUUGGGGAUGCUGCCAAAAAUCAGCUCACUUCGAAUCCUGAAAACACUGUUUUCGAUGCCAAACGUCUCAUCGGUCGUGACUUCAAUGAACCAAGUGUUCAACAAGACAUCAAACACUUUCCAUUCAAAGUCAUCGAAAAGAACUCAAAACCAAUCAUCCAAAUCAGUACUGGCAAGGAACAAAAGCUUUUCACGCCCGAAGAAAUCUCAGCCAUGGUUCUCGGCAAGAUGCGUGAGAUCGCUGUAAGUCAUUUCGCAUCUCUGCUACUCAUGCAUCAUUCGUUCGUUCGUUCGUUCAUUCGCUCGUUACAAGCUAAAGUACGCGAUUUGUGUUGUUAUGCUUUUGAAAUUUUAUCUCAUCCUGAACAUUUGGGCAAAAAGGAUAUCCUUCUUAACGUUGUACAUUCGAAAGAUAAUGUUAAUAAUUAUUUUCAACAACGGUUCGAACUUCUCUUACCAUUAAAAGACAAUAAUAUCGUAAAAUAUGAAUAUGUUGAGCAACACCUAUUAUCAACAUUGAAAUCAAUAAUGAACAAAGAUAUCAGCAGAAUAACUUUCGCACGUUAUGUCCCGGAACGUGGACAAUGGAUAGUGAUCGACCCCUUGGCAACACCAAAGAAAACCAAGACACCUAAUGUUAAUCUCAGACUUGAACCAUAUAAAUUGGCUGACAUGACAGUUAUCGGUGUCUUAGAAGGUGAUCGUUCGACAAGUGAGGAUUUUGAUACCGCAUACGACAAAAUGAAACGGCAAGAUGUUGAACAAGAUAAAGAACAGAAAAGGAUGAAUCGUGAACGAAAUCGAGCGGACAAUGAUCGUAAUCAACAAAGUGGAAGUAGUGGACGUCGAAGAUCACCACAAAACACAAUGCGAAUCAAUGUUGAUGACUUUGAUAAUUGA